UUUGCAGGCUGCUGGUUCCGCUGAUGGAGCGGGCGGGUUCGGCCCGUGGAGCUGUUUGUCUGCACCAGCACCAGCAGCUGCGGCACCAGCAUCAGCAGCGGGUAGAAAGGCGCUUUGUGCAUCGCUAAUCCGCUCUGAUGUCACGGAGCGGAGGGAGGGGCUGAGCUUUAAUCCCACCAGGUUGUCCGGGGGGAGGGAGAGGAAGGGGGGACGACCGAGCCGAGCCGAGCCCUGCCAGGCCGGGCGAGGACAGAACGGGACCGGACAGAGAGGCGAUGUGGACUCCAGCCUCCGGCGCGGGGCCUCGUCUCUACCGACAUGAAGGCUGGUCUGCGAGUGGGUUUUCUUUGUUAUCAUGAUCUGAAAACCUGAAUCGAAUCACGUCCCAGCAAUGAGCCAGAAGUAUCGAGACGACGCCCGUGGAGGAGCAGUUGAGGAGCGCGCGGAAGACCCAGUGUCUCCUAGGAGCCGACAGCCCAAUGGAACCUCUGGAGAACCGUCUGUGCGUCGGUCCUGGAGGCCGUGUCAAAUGCUCAACCAGGAUGGGGAAAUGAAUCCUCAGCAUCACCAUCAUCAACGCCAUCAUAAUCACCCUCCUCACCACCACCAUCAUCCCGCGAGCCGUGGACCUCCUCGUCACCGCCGGCGACCUCCGUCAGGCCAAGGCCAGGCUCAGAGUCCUGGUCAGGCCCCGUCUGUAGUUUCUCCCAGGUCUGAUGGGGGUGACAGCCAGGACACUGAGCCCCGCCCUGUGCAGCAACUCCGCCCAGCUGUUGCCCGCUAUCGUCGUCAUGGUGACCCUAACCCGAGACUCAGAGGACUCAGACAGCGGCAGCAGUUCAGAGAGGCGCCGGAGUCCUCAGCUGGUGCUGAUGAGCGAGAAGGUCCAGCAGAUGUAAAGCUGCAGGAAUGCUCCUCAGCAACGAACCAAUCACAAAACAAAGGAUCUCCAGCUGCUGAUGUUUCUCCGACCCACCUCUCUACAGGUCCUGCUUCAGAUAACGUGCAGCUGGAGCCCCAACAUGCUUCUGCUGAUGCAGAGGAGGACCUUCAUGAGCAGAAAGCAGAGCGUGAAGACGACUCAAGGGAAGAGAAAGAGAAUACAGAACAGGUGGCGGAAGGUGGAAACCCUCCAUCGACAGCUGGCCUCUCUGUCUGCAGUCACGAUGAACGAGCAGAAGAAGAAGCAGGAAGGGUGGAGGAGGAUCGGGAGGAUGUGAUGGAGCACGCAGAGGAGGAUCCUGCAGCUCAGGGAAGUGAAAUUACAGACGUCUGCUCCGACACGGAGAGCGCCGCCUCGCUCAGCAUGGAUGGACCGCUCCAUAGCCCCCCACCUCUGCAGUCACCAACUCCCCCUUCCUCCCCCGAUGUCCCUCCUUUCCCUCAGGUGGACCACUUCAGCGAGGACAUCGGUUUGAGCUCUCUGCCUGACAACAAUCCUUUACCUGAAGAAGAGGAAGACGACUGCUCUGAAUCGUGUUCCUUGUCCCACUCCACAUCCUGCUCCGAGUCUCACCCUAAAACCUAUGCAGACUUUUACACGGAGUCCCACCAACAACCCUACGGAGAGCCCGCCUGCGAAUCGUACCCCGACCCCAAAUGCCAUCCCAACUCUUUCCCUGAGCCACUUAAGACCUCCUACCCCGAGUCACACCGGGAUCCGUGCCGGUCGUCGGGUCGGAGGACCGAGGCUAGCAGGGCCCAGUUGGAGUCACGGCCGGAGCCCUCCGUCAGUCACAGACUGAAGAAUGUUCAAAAAGGAGCCUCCUCCUCCCCCGAGGGAUCCCAUCCAGCUCCGAGACAGAGUAGAGACCGCGGAUCGCGUCCCUUCACUCUGGAUCGCUCCGUUGGCUGCCGGCUGCAUCACUACGACGGGCAGUCCGACAGCGAGGGCGACGGCGCCGAUAAGAGCCCUCUUUCCAGAAGUGGCAGGGUUCCAUCCAGGCAGCCACAGAACCAAGUCAAGACCUCGUCACCCGGGCAGUGCUGCUCAGGUGGAGCCAAAGGCGAGCGGAGUGUGGUGGGUCUCUCAGGGGAAGCUGCAAAGGGCUGUGGAGACGCCAUCAGCCUGGCGAUUAAAGACAUUAAAGAGGCGAUUGAGGGCGUGAAGACGAAGGCGGUGCGCUCCCCCUACACGCCCGAUCAGCCCGUGGAGCCGAUCUGGGUGAUGAGACAGGAGGUCAGCCCCACGGAGGAAGCCUUCCCCCUGCAGGCUUCAUCUACUUCUCCUCACUCCCCUUGUCAGUCGGCCUCGGAGUCUCCGACUCGCUACGCCUCGGGUCCGAUUCCUGAUAGUGUCAGUCCUCUGAUGGCCGAGUCAUCCAGAAAUCCCAGCCUGCCGCAGCCACAACACGACCACCACCACCACCACCAAGGUCGUCAGACACAGUCCAGGCCCCCGCAGACGUACACGCCGACAACACCCACGCAGCAGCCAUCGGGUCAGCCUCCUGCCCAGGCUCGGCCGCCGUCGCCCUCUCAGAAACCGUCUGCCCAGGAGGCUCGUGGAGCGCUUCCGCCUUUUCCCACAUUCGUAGACGUGCCGGGACCGUGCGACCCCGAGGACCUGAUUGAUGGCAUCAUCUUUGCAGCGACCUACCUGGGCUGCACCCACCUGCUCUCCGAGAGGACGCCCUCGAAGAGCGCCCGCAUGCAGCAGGCCCAGGAGGCCAUGAGCCGAGUGCGGGCGGCUCAGAAGCAGGCAAAGAACAGGAAGAAGAGCCCCGACAGCGAGGCUCCAUCCACUGCUGAGGUUGACCUGUUCAUGUCCACACAGAGGAUCAAAGUCCUCAAUGCAGACACACAGGAGGCUUUAAUGGACCUUCCGCUGAGGACCAUCUCUUACAUAGCCGACAUUGGUAACAUGGUGGUUCUGAUGGCGAGGGGCAAGAUGGUGAGAUCCCGCAGUGCUCAGGAGAACCUGGACCACACCCCAGCGGAGGACACCAACAUGACCCACGACGACAGGAGGAUGUACAGGAUGAUCUGUCACGUCUUCGAAUCGGAGGACGCCCAGCUCAUUGCCCAGUCCAUCGGACAGUCCUUCAGCGUAGCCUACCAGGAGUUCCUCAGGGCCAACGGCAUCGACCCCGAGGACCUGAGCCAGCGGGAGUACAGCGACCUGCUCAACACUCAGGACAUGUACAACGAUGACCUCAUCCACUUCUCCAAGUCAGAGAACUGCAGAGACGUUUACAUCGAGAAGCAGAAAGGCGAGAUCCUGGGGGUGGUGAUUGUAGAGUCAGGGUGGGGGUCCAUCCUCCCCACCGUCAUCAUCGCCAGCAUGAUGCACGGAGGACCAGCGGAGAAAUCCGGCAGACUCAACAUCGGGGAUCAGAUCAUGACCGUAAACGGGACGAGCCUGGUGGGUUUACCUCUCAGCACCUGCCAGAGCAUCAUCAAGGGGCUGAAAUCCCAGUCCAGGAUCAAGAUGAACAUCGUCAGGUGUCCUCCGGUUACCAUGGUGCUGAUUCGGAGGCCGGACCUCAGAUACCAGCUGGGCUUCAGCGUUCAGAACGGCAUAAUCUGCAGCCUGAUGAGAGGUGGCAUUGCCGAGCGAGGAGGCGUCCGUGUCGGUCACCGCAUCAUCGAGAUCAACAGCCAGAGCGUUGUGGCCACACCUCACGAGAAGAUCGUCCAGAUCCUGUCCAACGCCAUGGGAGAGAUCCACAUGAAGACGAUGCCUGCAGCCAUGUACCGCCUGCUGACGGCGCAGGAACAGCCCGUCUACAUCUGAACACACUUUCCUUUUCACCGCAUCGCUCCGGCUUUUCCACUCCAUUAUUUUAAAGCCUCUCCGUGUCCCGUUUGACAUCAAUUGACUUGCCUUAAUCUGUACAGUUGACUCACGUAAACGUGCACAUCUCCAGUGCGACAGCAGAAGGCAAACCGUACCACUAGACGAGUGUUAAUGUGACAUUUUAGGUUCGACCAAAGAUACUUUGUGGGUUUUCUUGUGUGUAUUUAGGUUGCAAACAGAGACAAUAUUAGCUUUGGUCUAAUAGCUGUAUUAUCUGAAUGUAUAAUCAUGAUGGACCUACAAAUCGUCAGGGUGACCCAAGUGGUGAAGAACUUGCAGUGAAACGAAGGAAACGGGACAUGCAUGCACAAAUCUGCAGAAUAAACUGAAGCAAAGGCAGCGAGUGAACGCCGCGUCUUUUAAAACUAGUUGCUUACAGGAGAAGGAUGUGGAAAUAAGACCUCGGAGGAGUGUUGCGCCUGUUCACACGAGUGCGUCUCCAGAUGUCUGCUCCCACAGGAGCACCAAGCCAUCAGAAAUCUGACAUUUAAAAAUAUUCCUGCAUAAAUAACAUGAACCAUUUGUCAGCUGAUAUCGCCAUCAUUAAUGAUUAAACAAAAGCCGACAUAAAUAAUGCGACAGUUUUUAUUUUGAAAUGUACUGGACUCACUUUGUCUUUUCACGGCUCACUUCCUGUCUGGCUCGUGUCAUUUCUUUAACUUUAUAUGUGGCGUUUGGAAAAAAAAAAUACUUCAAGCAGAAACUUUGUGGAGCGCCGGAUCAGCCACAACACGCAGCGGAAGUAAAAGCUCUGACUGGA